AUGUUGACAAAGAAAGGCAAUAUACUACAGAAUAGCACAGCACCAGUUGAAUUCAGACUUCUUGGUCUUUCUGAUGAACCCGACUUGCAAAGUAUAUUGUUUUCUACUUUUCUAGUGAUCUACAUCAUCAUUCUGGCAGGAAAUUCCAUCAUCAUUCUCCUCACAUUGGUCGAUCCUGCCCUUCACACCCCCAUGUAUUUCUUUUUGAGAAACCUGUCCUUCCUGGAAAUCUGUUACACAUCAGUCAAUGUUCCCAAGAUGCUUGAGAAUCUUCUGUCUGGGAACAAGUCCAUCUCCUUCCUAGGAUGUGCUGUGCAGACCUAUUUUACAUUCUUUCUUGGUGGCUCUGAGUGUUUCCUCCUGGCUUUCAUGGCCUACGAUCGCUAUGUUGCCAUUUGUAAGCCUCUCCACUACCCUGUCCUCAUGAACAGAAAUGUGUGCAUGAGUCUAGCUGUAGCAUCUUGGUUAAGUGGCUUUUUCAUGUCCUUUAGUCACACCAGUAUGAUAUUUACCAUGUCCUUUUGCGGUUCAAAUGAGAUUAAUCACUUUUUUUGCGACAUCCCCCCAUUACUGAAAUUGGCUUGUGGAGACACUUCCAAGACUGAAAUUGCUGUGUUUGUAGGGGCUAUGGUUUUUGGGACUCUUCCUUUCCUCAUGAUCUUAAUGUCUUACGCAGGUAUCAUUGCCACCAUUCUGGGAAUUUCUUCUGCAGAAGGACGGAAAAAAACGUUCUCUACUUGCUCUUCACAUCUCAUUGUAGUUUCUUUAUUCUAUGGUUCUGCUUGUAUUAUAUAUUUGAAGCCCCAAUCCACUUACUCAGCCAAUACUGAUAAGUAUCUUUCUCUCUUCUAUACAAUUGUUGGUCCUGCACUGAAUCCUAUCAUAUACAGCUUUCGGAAUAAAGAAGUUAAAGGUGCCCUUAGGAGAAUUUGUGAGAGAAAACCUUUUGGAUGUUGA